AUGGCUUCUAACUCCAAGUUGAAGUCAAUCGCCUUGCUCGUAUGCGAUACUCCCAUGCCAGAAGUGGUAGCAGAGCAUGGCGAAUACCCCACAAUAUUUUACGAACUAAUGCGCAAAUCCCUUCCAGAUGAGCUCGGUUGGGAAUUCACGAUGGAUGCAUAUGAUGUUGUACGCAAAAUGGAAUAUCCGUCUGAAGAAAAGAUUGACAAGUAUGAUGCCUUUAUGUAUACUGGAAGUGCUGCGUCCGCCUACGCCGAUCUCGAAUGGAUUCAUAGAUUAAUCGAGUUCACGGCCCAUUUAGCAAAAGAUCAUCCAAAAGUUAGGAUAUUUGGCAUAUGCUUUGGACACCAGAUUGUGUCUCUCGCUCUUGGUGGUACCUGUGUGAAGAACGAUGGCAAGUGGGAGAUUGGACCGACAAAGUUGCGCCUUACUAAUAUAGGAGAGAGUGUAUUUGGGAUAGACAAUGAACUCACGAUCCAAGAAAUGCAUCAAGAUCACGUCCCUUUCGUUCCGAAAGGAUUUCAUCUCCUUGCGUCCACAGAGGUCUCGAUUAACCAAGGAAUGAUUUCUACCUAUGGAACCGACUACAUUUAUACUCCUACUGUCGACUCUAUUCCAAUAUCUGACGUCCACAUCAUAACCGUCCAAGGGCAUCCGGAGUUCACUCGUCAGAUUGUCUCUACAAUGACUGCUAAGCGUGCAAACCAAGGGCUGAUUACUGAUGCGCUGAAAGAGGACGUUGAUAGACGGAACGACGCGCUUGGUCACAGGGUUUCGGGCGAUGGUGAAUUGGUGGGGAGAGUAUUGUGGAAGAUUUUGGGGGUGUAA